UAUAAAUUCUCUGUUGAUAUUCUUAAUUAUAGUACUACUAGAAAAUAAAUAAAAAAGAGAUUCUUGCACAGGCGAAGCAGCCAAAUGGAAAUCAAACUUCGGAGCUAUCAAUUUCAAUUGCGGAACCCUACACGUUCAUCGAAUUCGGGUUGCCAAUUUGUUAUUUAAUCAGCAUUUGAAAGCUUUUUAUCAUGCAAAUUUUACAGAGAUGGCGAAGCGUAUUGAUCCUCAGCAACACCUUUACUCAAUCGACGAGAUUAGCUGCGGCACCAACACAUUUGGCUUCAUUUCAUUCCACUGGUGUAACUAGAGAUGAAGACCAAUCAAAGACUUAUAUAAGAUAUACAGUACGGCAGAAGCGGCCCAACACAACAAAGAAAGAUCUUAAAAGUAUUCUCUAUAAUGGGGGGUGCUCAACAUCAAGAUACCAGGUAGCGGGAGACUAUGCAGAUCGAUUAAACAAGAAAUCUCGAAUAAAGGCUGCUCAUCAUUCUAAGAGGGCUGCUCAAAGAAAGUUGAAACGGAAGCAUCAGAGAGAAAACACGUUCGAUGACUGUGAUGAGGACCCUGCAAAAGCAUUUUUUGCUGCUUUCGGAAGAGACGGCUCAAACUGGAACUUCAGAUGCCGGGAGCAGAGAUCCGAGUGGACGGAAUACUCCAACCAGAGUAACAGUAGAUUCAGCGAACAUGCAGCUAAAAGCGUGACAUACGCUGAUCGGAAAAUCCUUGGUUUGCCAGAAACUGGUCCUCUGAAAAUCGAAGAUGUCAAAACUGCCUUUCGGUCGUCUGCUUUGAAGUGGCAUCCCGACAGGCAUCAACCGUCUUCACGAGCAGCUGCUCAAGAACAGUUUAAGCACUGUGUCGAUGCAUAUAAAUCACUGUGCGCGAGUGUCUCAUCGCGCUAGAGAGAGAAUUUUGUUCGUCUACGAGCCACUUAAUUUAGUGUAUUUCAACUUAUUUUGUAAUUGAAUGUUGAUGAUCAAUAAUGAUUCCUGAUUUAUCUU